ACAGCUUGUCGAUAAUUUCUUUGGACCCGGAAGCCGGUUGGGAUCAUGUGAUCCAUGACGUAGCCAGCAGUCAGCUCUAAUAACAGCAGUCAGAUUUCAACUAACUAUUUCAGUGGAAGGGAGCAACAGUAAAUAUAGCAUCAGGAGAAUAAGCAAGCUAUUAAAAAAAAUAAGAAAAAAUUAUUGCCUCAGCUUUUAACACCUGUCAUUGUAUAAAGCCAGAAGUCAAUCAAAAUGGCCUGGAGAUUUAAAGCUUCGAAGUAUAAGAAUUCCUGUCCGAAAUUUCCUAAAAAAGAAGAUUGGAUAACUGACAUCAGUACAGGACGAUUGCUACAAUCUUUUGGGAAUCAUAUCAAGGCAAAUUCUUUCUACAUGGUAUUUAAUGUAGAUAAUUUAGGUGGUGGAGCCCUGGGAAUUUUACCUUUGAACAGCACUGGUCGGCAAGGGCCUGAUCUUCCUUUAUUGUCAGCUCACUCAGAUUAUGUUGCUGACUUUGAUUUCUCUCCAUUUGAUGAUAAUCUUUUAAUUACUGGAUCACAUGACUGCACUGUAAAGCUGUGGCAGUUGCCUUCUAGUUCAAAAAACCUGAAGAAUUCUUUAAAUUUGAAUUCACAAAUUGUUUGUACAGAAGAGAGAAAAAUUGAAAACGUCCUUUGGAAUCCAGUUGCUGAGGGUAUUUUAGCUGUGUCUUCCGCUGAAAGUGUUCGUCUUUAUGAUGUUUCAAGCUGCAAAAAAAGUUUAUCCCUAGAUGAGCACAGUGAUAUGGUACAAGCGAUUGCUUGGAAAGGAGACGGAUCAAUGCUAGCAACAACAUGUAAAGAUAAACUUAUUCGCACAUUGGAUCCUCGUGCUCAAACUGUAUGUCAGGAACUGAAAGGACAUGCUGGCCAGAAGGAAUCCCGUGUAUCGUGGCUCGGAAGUGAAGAAAUGUUGUUCAGUACAGGCUUUGAUUCUGUGAGACAAAGACAGCUCUUUUUAUGGGACUUGAAAAAUCCAUCAUCACCUGUCUGUACACACUCAAUGGAUACAUCUCCUGGUGUCUUUAUACCAUUUUUUGAUGACCGAACUAACAUGUUGUUCCUUGUUGGGAAGGGAGAUAAUACACUGAGAUUUCUGGAAUAUACUGACCGGACCCCACAUAUUACAGACGUGGCUGCUGAUCGUACAGAACAAAUCAAAGGGGCUGCUGUGGUCCCAAAACAAGCAUUAGAUGUCAUGAAAGGAGAGAUAAACAGACUAAUUCUUCUGAUUAAAAAUGCAAUCAUUCCAACACCUUACAUUGUUCCCAGGAAAUCCUAUAGAGAAUACCAUUCUGAUAUUUUCCCAGAAGUCCCUAAUGGGCAACCAUCUAUGCAAGCUUCUGAGUGGUUAGCAGGAGAAAACAAACCGUUGGAACUUAUGGAUUUAAAUCCAAGUAAAAGAGCACCAUUAACCCUCAGAGCUCACAAUCUCAAUGCACCAGGUACUAAUUCUAUUACUAAUGCAAGUGACUCAGUUGAUCCUUCUAAAGAAAAGAAGUUAUUAAAAUGUGAUUCUUCUGCUGAAAAUGAAAAGAAAUCAACAGCUGAUUUGUCUACUGAAAACAAUAAGGAAUCAACCAUAAAUUCUUGUACUGAAAACAAAAGCAAACCAGCAAAUGAUAUAUCUGAAAACAAUAAGGAAUUAACAGUAAAUUCUACUGAAAAUAACAAGGAAUCAACUGUAAAUUCUUCUACAGAAAACAGCAAGGUGAAAGGUCCAUUAACUCCAAAAAGUCAACGUCGAGCAAGUGAAACUAUUAUGCAGAAAAUCGACAGUUUGAAUGCAGCCAUAGAAUUAAGUCAUUCUCCACCACCACAACGAAAAUUCCAAAAAGGCAACUGUGUUUUAGAUUCAAAAAAAUAUGAAGAAAAAGAUAAUGAUGUAUUUUCUGACAAUAAAGUUGCUGAAGAUGCUAAAACUGAACAUUCUCAGCAGACUAGAAAAAAAUCUUGUAACUCUAUGGAGGAAACUAAAAACAGUUUAUCUGAAGAAGUAAGAGAAAAUAAAGAUACAGAAAAUGAAAAUUCAAUGAAAAAUGAUAAUGAAGCUACUCCUUCAAAUUCAUCUUGCACAGAGAACUUAGACAAGAAUUCAACAAAUUCUACUGAGGCAGAUGGGAAAGCUUCUAAAAUAGAAGCUGAGUGCAAUAACAAAAAGGAUGUGAAAGAAUGUCUGUCUGAAACUCCAAAAGUUGCCAAUGGAGCAAUUGAGGAUAAAAUUUGCAAAGGUAAAGUAAAAGAAGAAACUCCAGAAAAAUCUGUGCCAGCCAAAAAAUCCGUUUCCACUCCAUCACGUUUUAUAAAUAUUAGACAAUUGAAAUUUAAACACCUUAAAGCUACCACACUGAACAAGGAACAUCAUAUUGAAAAUUUAAAAAAUUUAUCAAGGAACAUUCCUGGUGAGAGCGAUUUGUUUCAAGUAAAUCAAAAAAGAUGCGCAGUUCCAUUGUCUACAACUGGAGGUUGUGUUGCAAUAUUUGAGUUGAAUAAACCCUGCCGUUUACCAGAUUGUGGAAUUCCAAGUCUUCAGCAUGGCACUAAUGUUACAGAUUUUGUUUGGGACCCUUUUAAUAAUCAAAGACUAGUUGUUGCCUGUGAUGAUGCUAAAAUUAGAGUAUGGAACAUUCCGGAAGGUGGCUUGAAAGAAUCUGUGAGCGAACCAGAAUUCAUGUUAAUUGGUCAUCAGGAAAAAAUAUAUUUUGUACGUUUCCACCCACUUGCCAAAGAUAUCCUUGCGUCAGCUUCUUAUGACAUGACUGUGAAAAUCUGGGAUUUGACAACUCAGGAAGCAGUUAUAGAGCUUAAGGGACAUACUAGCCAGAUUUUCACUUUAGAUUGGAGUCCAUGUGGCAAGAAAUGUGCUACAGUAUGUAAAGAUGGCAAAAUACGUGUUUAUGAACCUCGUGUAUCUACAGAACCUAUUAAGGAAGGUACUGGUCCUUCCGGAAGCCGAGGAGCCAGAGUUGUAUGGACUCUAAAUGGCAAAUUCCUUGUUGCUACUGGUUUUGACAAAAUGAGCCAGCGCAAGUUAUUUUUAUAUGAUGCACAGGAAUUAGGAGCACCACUAGACUUAGUUGAAUUAGAUUCUUCUCCAGCAAUAUUGGUUCCUCAUUAUGAUGAAGACAGCUCUACAUUAUUUGUUACUGGACGGGGAGAUGGAACUAUAUUUACAUUCGAAGUAACACACGAAGCUCCUCACUUAAAUCCACUGAGCCCCUGUCGGUUCAGUAAUCUGCACCAAGCCAUAUCUUUCUUGCCAAAGAUUGCAUGUGAUGUUAGUCAAGUGGAAUUUGCUCAUGCAUGGAGGUUGUUAUUGACACAUAUAGAACCCGUCUCCUUUAAAGUUCCCCGAGUCAAGAGUAACUUCUUUCAAGACGAUCUGUUUCCUGACACCAAAGUGUUGUGGGAACCAGCUUUAAGUGGCUCUGAUUGGCUGAGUGGCGUAGAUGCUGAAGCUUCUAGAAUUAGUCUUAAGCCAGGCAACAUGGAAUCACUGAGUAAAGCCCCAACUCCUUCAGCUAAACAAAAAAAGUAUGACAGUACAGAUCCUGAAAUUUACAAGACUGAUGAAAUGAAGAAAAAGGAGCUGAUUGGAGCAAUGACGUCUAAGUUGGAUGUAAGAGAAGACCCAUUGGAACAAGAUUUAACUGAAGGAGUUGACUCUGAUGAAUGGGAAGAGUAAGUGAUUGGCAAUGAGGAAACACUGAAAGAAAUUGGGAUAGCCACAGCAUCUUGUCUGUAUAUAUAUAUAUAUAUAUUGAAUGGAAAUUGUUAUUGUUGUUUCUGCUGUGAAUGUAUGUGUAUGAGUGUGUGUGUGUGUGUGUGUGUGACUAAAUGGUUUAUUUUAACUACAUUUUUGUCCUAUAUGAUGAUAUGUGCAUACAUACAAGACUAAUGAUAUAUAAACGUGUUUACUAUAAGUGGGACCAGUAUUAUUGAGAUGUCUAUAUAUAUAUAUAUAUAUGAGUAAAAAUAGCAUAGUUUAUAUAUUUAAGUGCAUUUUGAUAUGUAAAAUUUUGUAUGUUUGUAUAAUCAUUGAAAUUUAUAUGCUAUCAAAUAUUGUCUAUAUUCUCUUAAAGCAAAUGUUUUCUUUAUACUCUACGGUUUCUCUUCCAGUCUUUGGAAGAGAAACUUGAACUAUAUAACCUAAAUAUGAGCCCAUGAAUCAUUAUAACAAAUUCAUGUGAAUACAAAUUAUAUUAAAACAUGACUGUAAAAAAAAAAAAAAAUGUAAAUUCUUUAAUAUGGAAACGAUUGACUCAUCAACUCUUACUAAAAAUGGAGGAAGAACUAAACAAAUUAAAUUUUUUUAACAUUUUAAAAAAUAUGCUUACAUGUCUAUAUGUACUCAUUCAGAUAUGAAUGAGGUUCUCCCUUUUUAUUUGGUAUAUUACAAUGAUUUUCUCCCAUUGUUAAAUGAAGGUUUUUCAAUUUUUAAGGCAAAAAUCUGCUGUUUGAUAAAUGAAAAGCUUGGUUUUACAGAGCUUCAAUUUAGGAAUGUGAGUAAAGAUAAAUUUCUAUGUUAAGGGGUAAUGAGAUAAGAAUCAAUAUACCAAUACGCUCUGCUAAUAUGGUUCUAGUUGGAAUAUAAAUAUAUAUAUAUAUUACGGAUAUGUACUUGCAUAGCAAGUGACCUGAUCUGAGAUCGUGUUCCAUGCUGCAAUUAUAUACAUACAUAUAUAUAUAUAUAUAUAUAUCAACACCGUCUAAAUAUCUGAUUUUCUAUGCAAGAAGGGUUUGAAUAGUUCUGAAGUGCCGUACAUUUCCACAGAAAACAAUCUUGUGUCACUUUAUGUGUGCAGCCCAAUUUUCUCAGGCAUCACCUUCAGCUCUACUAUUACUUCCUCAGUCUUCCAUAGCCUACUCUUCUGUGGCUAACAUCUACCAUCAAGUUGUUGCUUUGCCACCAUUUACCUACCUAUUACUGCAGUCUUCUCUACUGCAUAUAUUGGUAAAUGCCAUUGAUGUUUGUUCCAUUUCUUAACCCAUUUGUAAUUGUCUCUUGCAAACUAGAAACCUGCUUUCAGUGGAUCCUGUUAAAUGUUUCUCUCUACUUGUUGCAUGUCUUCGUCUAUCACUGCAAUUUUUACACAUUCCUGAUGUAGUCAGCCUUCCAUCGAAAGGCAAAUACAUUGAUACUGAUAGUAGUCAGCCUUCCAUCGAAAGGCAAAUACAUUGAUACUGAUAGUAGUUGCUGUUUCCUAAACUGCUUCCUUUUAAUUCAUACUCUGUCCACUGGACAAUCUCUGCUUCCACCUUCAUGUGUGCAUAAGCAUUCAUUAAGCUUCAUUGAAUUCUAGUUUUUAUUAAAUAAAAAAAAGUAAUCCAUUUUCCGAAUAGUUUUCUACUGACCUAACACUUUAAAAGUAACAUCUCAUAAACUUUUGGAUCACAUAUAAAUGCUUUUAUAGUGAUUCAAGGGAAGAACUGGUUUGGCUUCAUAUUGCCUUAUCCAGUCCCAUGAAUAAUGGAGCUCAGAAUGUUAAGUAUUUAAUUAUGCAGUGAUCUAUAGCUUAUAAUUGUGAGCUCCAUCUCAACAUGAUACUUAUUUUUUAUGUAUAAUUGAAUUAGGAGCUACACGUCUUUGACAUAGCAAACUGUAGUUUCUUUCUACACCUUGAAAUUAUUUUUUACAUUACCACAUAUUUGCAAGAGGGAGACAGUCCGUUGAAUUGACUCUUGCAAAUGACUGGUAAUUGUUUCAUCAAAGCUGGAGAGAUAAAAGGCAAAAACAAUUUGUGCUAUUUGAAGUAAAGUGUUGAAAUAUCUUCCAUUAAUUUGUCAGAUGAUGAUGUGCAGUACUAUGGCACAUAGAGAUUAUCUCUGACUGGAAAAAACGUGUUGGAGUGGAAUUUCCAGAACAAAGAUUGAUCUAAGUAUUUAGCAUGGGGCCACACAGUAGGGGUGUUGAAAGGAAAAGUGAGUGAUUAGGUGGAGGUGGUAUGUGACUUGGUACUUCAGAAACUGUUUUAAUUUGGUAGUGAGUGAACUUGUGCCAGCCCAAUGGGCCUUUUUGCAGAGUGGUCUAGAACGUAUAUCUUUGUGUAGCAGCAGAACUGAUCCAGCAGAGCCCUUGAGCUUUAUAGAGAUUCUGCAACUGAUCAAAGCCAAAAUAAUUUCUGGCUCUAAAGAAAAGUUGAGCACUUGCAGUGCUGUUUUGGAAAUGUAAAUGUUUUGGUCACUGAAUAAUCAACAGAAAGUGUUGAGUGCAGUGGUGUUGCAGUUUCAAGGGUUUAGCAGGGUUGUUUAUGCAUAAGGAGUGCUGGCUGCUGCUUCGACAUGUGCAGUGAUUACAUCAUCAAGCUGUUGAAGAAUAUUCUCAUUGGAAAACGUUUAUGAAGUCUGUUUAUGGAAACAUUGCAAGUCUGAUAUGAUGGGUGUAAGUUGCAUGUGGAUGACAACUGUUUGUUGAAGGUUAAUAAGGAAUCAUUUUUAUAGUUAUGCGUGCUUUUUAUUUUAAGUAACAGCAAGUAGGUCAUUGGUGUGCCAAAGGAUGAGAGCGGGGAGACAUAACCAAAUGCUGUGAGGUACCUCUGAUUUGAUAGUAUAUGAAGGGAAGAAGGAAAAAAAAAAAUGGAAGAAAUACAAUUAGAAGAGAAAGUAGAAAGAAUGACUUUCAGUGUAUGAAGUGAGAAAUGAAUAGAAUUUAUAGGAAGGAGAUCUAAUUCAGAGGCCCUCAUAGAAAACACAGUAGAAGGGUUUGCUAAUGCCAAAGAUAACAUCAUUAUUUUUAUGAAAAGCAAAGACCACUACUGGUUCAUAUAGUAGAGCAAGUUGACUCAUAUACCUAGCUCUAUGGAAUCCGCACUAAUGACCGUUGAGACAGGAAAGAGAUAAAGUAAUGAAGUAAUUUAGUUUAGUACUCUAUCAUUUGUGCUACUCCACUGCCCUUACUUAUCAACUUGGAAGCAUGCUUUUUAUCUUUUGUAUCUGUUUUCAUAAAAUAUGAUGUACAUUUUUAGAUAAGAGAGAGAAAAAGACGGAAUAUUUUUUGAAGAAAUAAACCGUCUGUUCUGUGUAUAUUUUUAAAGUGCUUUCAUGAUGUAUUAACUUUGACAAAAGCUCAAUCAAGUAUGCUAAUUUGCCAGCUGUGAAAUUGAUAUUUUGAAGCCUAUUUUUAUGGAAGAUAAUGAAUUUCUAGUUUGUUUCUGCAGAAAAUUUGCCAAGUUAAUAAAAGUAUAUAUGUUAAAAAAAAAAUAUACUUGUAUAAAAUGCUAAUAUAUGAAUGUUUUAAAUGUAACAUUUACCGUUUAUCAUCUUUAAUUCCAUUGCCAUUGUGAAUCAUCAAUUGCUACCUCAUACUACCCACCACCCACUAAAUCAGAAGUCAUAGUUGGCAAAUUCAUUCCAUCUGACAUAUCAACCAACUGAUUACUUGCUCAUAUUCUGCUCAAUAUAACACUAAAAUAAUAUCAGCAAAUUCUUCUUUGUUGAUCAGGCUGAAAUUCUUAUUAAUUCCUCUAUUGUUUCCAAAAUUGACAAUUGCAUUUCCCUCUUCUUCAGUAUCUUCCAGGCAACACAAAAAAAUUCAAAAGCUUCUAAACCAUUGUACUUACACAUUCCCUGUAGUAGAAGUACAUAUUUAACACUAGUUACCAAUGCAUGAACAGGCAUAAUUUACAAAGCUUAUCUUGACUAACAAAAUUAUUAACUCCUUAUUUCACUGGCUUCAAAUAUACUCUGAGAAAAGAAAUACAGACUACUAUAAUCUCAAAAUGUGGGUCAUACUUUCACUAGAGAUUAGGGUCUCAAAUUAUCUGAGAUUUUAAAAAAAUUUUAAUUUUUUCUAUUUCAGAAAUUAUUAUUAUUUUCUAAAAAUAAAAAUAAUAUACUUUUUAGUAUCUUAAACAACCAUAUGUUUCUUGGAAACCAUUCCUAUUUCCAUUGCUAAGCAGAGCAGUAACUGCUUAAUGUUUCGUCUUCUUCACCAUUUUAAAAAUAUAUUUUUAGUGUGUUGGAGAUAGUCUAUAUAAUUAUUUUUCUCCAUAUUAGAUUUUUAGUCGGUCAAAACAAUUGGUGUUUCUCAUCUCGAAUCUCUUUUUUUUCAUAUUCAGACAAAAAAAUUUUAUUUACCUGAAAAAACCUGACUUCGAUGAAAACUUUCAAUAAGGUGUCAUUACUAGAAAUGUAGUUCAAGUGAAUUCACAAUCCCUGUUUUCCAUGACACAGCACCACCACAACUAAUUUCUAACAUAGGUACAAGGUGGAGGGGAAAAGUCAAUUGAAUUGGCUUCAGUACUAAUAAUGGUGCUUUAGCUUUCAUUCUUCCAGGGUCGAUAAAAUAAACUUAACAUGGGAAGAUUUGAACUCAGGAUGUAAAUACCCCAAGAUAUUUUGUCCAACAUUAACAAUUCUGCCACCCCCUGCUGCUGCUGCUGAUAAUAAACAAUAAUAAUAAUGUUUCUAUCAUGGGUGCAAAGCCUGAAAUCUAAGAGGUGGUUUUAACUAAUACUAUCAACCAAGAAUCAGUACAUGACAUUCUCUAUUUUAUCAAUCCUACUACUACUACUACUACUACUACUACUACUACUACUACUAAUAAAGAUGAUGAUUGUGAGUUUUAUCAUACAUGCAUCAUUCUGAUUUUUCAUCUGAUUAAUAUUCAGGUAGAUAGACACACACGAUGAAAUAUAUUUUAUGUCAUCAUAUUUAUCAUUGGUAUAUGUCCUAAUUAUUCUCCAUCUUAAUGAUACAGAAAGUUUAUAUUUCUAUUGUACAUAUUUCUCCAGAAAGAAUCAAGCUGCUUUCCUUUUAUUUAAAUAGGCUGCAUAAAUUUAAUUCUAGGCUCUCAUGCCUUGUGGGUUUUUUUCAGCUCUCCCAUUGCCACGCGUAUCACUUUUAUCAAAUACUCUUAUGCAUUUAACGUAUGAACUGGUAAUUCUGCAAAUAACCUAAAUGACCAUUAUUGUUUAGAGUGUUUCACCACUGUGUUGUAUGAUUACAUAUAUCAAUAGUUGUAUAAACACAGUCACUGCCUGAGAAAGAUCCAUAUAUAUAUAUUGUCAGUCUGUGAAAAAUAUCACUGUAUACAUUAUAUAACCAAUUUUUGGCAAUAACACAACACUAAUAUUUUUCUAAAAGCAUAUCCUAUUUCAUUUGCUCAGUCUCAACCCUUAUUUAUCACCAGUUUCUUUCACUCUUAUUCCAACUUCAAGGUCUUAAAUAUCCAUACUGUGUCUGAAAUAAUCAAACCAAGGUAUCCAUUCCUGAAUUGUUAGACCUGUUGAAAAGAAACAAUGCAUAGGAGUUUCUUUUUAGGGGUAUAAUAUAGUCAUAGUCUUGACGGUUGUUGUUUAGUCCCAGGUCAUCUCUGUUUAGACUGCCUAUGAUCAGGAGCAUUCCAGCCAUGAGCAUCCUAUUUUCUUAUGCUUUCAGUGUAUCUAGGACUCACUGUGUCUUGUUUCUUUAAGAUAAUAGAGUGAUCUGAGGGAAAUUUGCAGGUAACGUCAGUGUUUCUAUUGUUGGCUUAUGGUUCUUAUAGUUUUUAGCAUUGGUCGUGUAUGUAUUUAAUAACCCUUACAAACCAUUUUGCUGUGCUCAGCAGUCUCAAAAUCAUUUUAAUUAUCUCAUCUACUCUUACAUUUCAACUGCUCAUUAAAUAAUUACAUAGCAUCUCCAAACUGCCUAGCAUCUCUAGCUGAUACAUAAUCUCUGUUACCAUUCUUUCCUGUCAAAUUCCAUUCUAAAAAUUUUACACUCUCUGAUUCUCACAGUAAGGAGAUUAAUCUGGUUCUCUUCAGUUUUCUAUGAUAUAUGGUUCCGUAAUGACUUAAAUUUCAACUAUAUACUUUUAAUUCCGCUUCACCAAAGAUGUAACCCGUCACAAGUCUAUACAUUGCCCUUUUACAACAGUUUCAUCAUCAGAAUUAUUCGUUAAUUGCUAAAUACACAGGAACAUGGGCAUGAAAUAAAAAUUUUUUCACUAUUUAUAUUACAUAUAGAGUUCAUUAAACCAGUCCUUAUGACAUGGUCAGUAUCUACUUUAAACAUUAAAACAUGCAUUCUUAUUACUUUUUCUUAAAUUUUAUUAGCAUUUUAAAAGAUUUUGAAAACUAAAUUCAAACUUUUUGAUAAUGCGAUUGCUCAGUGCAUGUAUUUUAAAAUUUAAGUGUCUUUUGUGACUUCUAGCAAUUUAAGAGAGUUUUUUUUUUAUAUCUAACCUUUCCAGUUUUGAGGUUAGAAUUCACAGAUGGGUUCACCACAUCCUUUGCAGUGCCAAUUUAUGUAUUAUCAAUAUUCUAGCUUCAUGAAUAAAACAAUGAAGAAAUAUUUCAAUUCUAAGGUUAAAAAAAAAAAUGUUUUUUUUUUUAAUAUGAAUAAAACUUAGCUGAAAUUAACUCCAUAAACCAUGAAAUCUUUCACUAUUCCACUUUUGAGUUUAUAAAUGCAGUAGAAUAAGCAGUUUGAAAAGACAGACCUAGGCAAAUUGUAAUGAUGACAAAUCAUUCCACUAGUCUAUUGGCUAGAAUCAAAAAUAACUAAAACAGAAGAGAGGGAAAAAAGAUCAAUUAUCUAAAAAUGCCUUUAACUGCCAACUGCCAACUGCCUUCUGAAAAUGUGCCUACAAAUUUUUUUUUUACAGCAACAAUUAAAAAAAAAAAUAAUUAUAAACAUUUUCAUUUCUUAUACUUUCAUUAUCUUCAACUGAAUAAAAAGUUUACCUCCAGACACAA